UGAGGCAGGAGCAGCAAGGAAGGAGAAGGAAAAAAAUUAUCGAUAAAAAGAGGGUGAGGUGAAGCUUCCAACCUGGUCCAGCGGGAGGGCCCUAGAUGAGUCAACACACCUUCACACUGGCCUUUCUGCGACUCUCACGUCUCUCACUUUCCUGGAUCACCACCCAAGCAAGACAGUCUUGGAGGGUUUGUUGCUGUUGGGCAAUCACAGCAGCCAGAGGGGGGAUAUGGACAGACUGGCUGGUCCCUGCAGUCCUUGGUGGUUUGAGGCGCCUGCUCCACGUGCAGGCAAGAGUGGUAUGGAAUGGCCGGCGACCUGAAGCUUAUGAUAUCUUAUCUUUCGUCACUGUCCGCGGCCUCCGGUCGGUUCCACCUGGUGGAUCGCCAACGUUAGUGAUGUCAGGAGAAGAGCUACGGGGUAGUUAGCUACAGUUAUCUACUCAGUUUUGUUACUAAAAAAAAAAAGA